AUAAUCCGGUUAGAAGCUAGCCAAGGCACGAACAAAGCAAAGCUGGGCGUUGCACCGACGAGCUGGGUGUGUCUCCAGUUUGCCGGCUAUUGCUCGCCGGGCUCUUGACGGGGUGCCGUGGUGCGUGCCAUCGGGGCAGGCGUUGCCAGAUCUGGGAUGGUCACCGUGGUCGCGAUUCCAUCAAAAACCGCAGGGCAUGUGGGAGAUCGCCGCCAUGGCUGCUCCUUAUCUGGGCGCGGGAUUGAUGCCAGUAAAGUACUCAUGAAGGGUCUCGGUCGCACGCUACACGUGGUUGUGGCCUCCUCAGCGUUGUUGUCCACCAGAGCGCUAUCAAUUGGUCACCAGCCAUGGCCGCCACCACGGGCUGUGCAAGCGCCGCCGCAACUGAGGCUGGUGGGCAGUGGUGACAUGAUGGCCGUUGAUUGGCCCACGUGUGGACAGGAUGGGGGGACCAUCCAUCCCUUCGCUCGGGUUAAUUCUGGCCGCUGGAUCGGAUGCAGAUGGACGGGAUUAGAUCAGCGUGAGGUCACGAGUCACCUGAAGAGCAAGUUGGUACCUGGAAUCUCAAGUCCCAGGUCAAGAGCAGGUACCACAGGAUGAGGCGCAUGGAGGAUGCUGUGACGAGAUCGUGAGAGGUCUAGGUCGUCGUCUCCCAGUCAACUUUGGGUUGCUGGACCGUUGUCUCCUUAUAAUGUAAUUAUUUAUUUAUUUUGUAUAGAACUCCUAUUAUGUAGUAAAGAUGUGACAUUCGAUCC